AUGUCUGGACGUGGCAAAGGUGGCAAGGGACUCGGCAAGGGCGGUGCUAAGCGUCAUCGCAAAGUGCUUCGUGACAACAUCCAGGGCAUUACCAAGCCUGCUAUCCGUCGUCUCGCACGUCGUGGUGGUGUAAAGCGUAUCUCUGGUCUCAUUUAUGAGGAGACUCGUGGUGUCCUGAAGGUGUUCCUCGAGAAUGUCAUUCGUGACUCGGUCACUUACACGGAGCACGCCCGUCGUAAAACCGUGACGGCAAUGGACGUCGUAUACGCCCUCAAGCGUCAAGGACGUACCCUGUACGGCUUUGGCGGAUAA